UCACGGGCCCCAUGGCAAUCGAACCGAAUUAGCACCUUUCUCGAAACCCUAAUUAAGCCCUUACCUCGUUAAUUCGUGAUAUUUGGCAAUCAAAAAGGGGGAAAGAAACGAAUUUCACAACACCCCCCACUUAACUUCACUAUAUAUCCGGGCCUUGGGCUUGUUGGGUUUAUGUUGUCAUUUUCAUAGUCCGGCGUUGCUGGCUUCCGAGCCCUUUCUACAUUAUAGAUUACUUCCAGUGACUGCCCUCGUUUUUACUGCAUUUUUCAUUUGUAAAGGUUCUGUAGGGCAAUACUGAAGUGUUUGGGGCCUGCAUGUUUAACAGCCCCCGAUGGACUCCAGAGUGUAGCCGCUUCCCCAGAGCCCUGCCGGAGCCGAUAUGAAGAGUGAGGUCCCGUCUAAUGCUUCCCUGAGACACGAACACCUGAAGGGGGCGCUGGCCAACCCUGAGCCCAUGGAGGCGGCCAAGAGCUUCCCGGCUGACGUGGAGAUGAUCAGUAGCAAGGUGGGCAGCGAGUUUGCACCCCUGUGGGCCGAGGCCCGCCACCGCCAGCUGCGAGAGGUCAACGGCGGCUGCCGGGAGCAGGACAAGGGCCUCCCGGGGCGAAAGAAGCGAAAGAGCCAGCAGGCUGGCCCCUCAGACACAAAAGAGGUUCAUAACGGAGCCUUUGCCCCACAUCCGAGACAUGGGCUGGAGGGUCGGAGCGAGGAGGACAACGAAUCCUCCUUCAGUGACUGCGCCUCCUCCCCCUCCUCCAGCCUCCAGUUCGGGGACUCUGACACGAUCAGCUCCUCGGAGGAGGAGCAGGACAAGGCAUGUGCGGUGCGGCCCGUGAUGGGGAGGACUCGAGGAGCCAGACCACACAAGUGGCCUCGGCCGGAGCCCGAGGCGGUGCUGAUGAAGCGGCCCUGCCUUCACGGGCGCCGGACGCUCCAGCGGAAGCACUUUGUGAAAGCAGCCGGCUCCUCCCAGCGGACUCAGAAGCAGAAGGAGCAGCUGCUUCUGCAGCGUAAGAAGCGGGAGGUGUUUGCCCGGAGGAAGUACGCCCUGCUGCAGAGCACGAGCAGCUCCAGUGAGAAUGAGCUAACUAGCCACUCCUCCUCCACAUCCUCCACUGACGGAGAGGAGGAGCUGUACGUGGAUGUGAGCAGCAGCAGCAGCCAACCCAGCAGCACCGCUGGAGCCCCAGGAACCAUUGAUGAGGACGUGGUGGUGAUCGAGGCCACGCCAGACCCCCCAGCCACUGCCAAUGAAGAAAUCAAUGUGACCUCCACUGACAGCGAGGUGGAGAUUGUGACUGUGGGGGACAGCUGCAGGUCUCGAUCGGGAACCAGCCACUCCAGAUCACACUGGGGCCCCAAUUCCAGCUCUCAGAAUCGACCUCAGGAACCGCGGAGCCGAAACAGGAUCUCCACAGUCAUCCAGCCUUUGAGACAGAGCGCUGCAGAGGUGGUCGAUCUAACCGUGGAUGAAGAUGAUCCCACAGUAGUGCCAAGUACAUCUGCUGUUGCCAACUCCCAGUGUGUGAGCUCCACUUCCAAUAAUGCAUCUACCUCAGAACAACCCCCAGAAGCUGCCCUGGGCCCCUCCAGUAGCAGCCAUGCCUCUGUGCCAGUGACUGUGGGAGUGUCUUCACACAGCACAGCUGGUUUGACUGCAGGGGAUGAUGCUAGAAGAGGAGCCUCGGUAGCUGGGAAUACUGGUACAGCCAUGCCCCGGCUGCCAUCCUGUUGCCCCCAGCAUUCUCCAUGCAGCGGCCCCUCGCAGGGUCACCCCUCCCUGGGCCAUGGCCACUCGAGCUGUCUGCAGCAGCAGCAGCAGCAGCAGCAGCACGGGCAUCCCCACCACUUCCAGCACCACCACCAUCACCACCACCACAAUGUGCACUCAGCCGGCCCACAGCCCCCGCUGCCCAUCCCCGACUCCAGCUGCCCCCUGGAGAGACCCACGGCAGUGCCAGCACCCUGCGGCGCCAGCAGUGGCACAGGCAGCCAAUAUCACGAUCAGCUCACUGUUGGAGGGCUGUGGAUGAGGUCCAACAGUAAAUUGUUUCAUGUAUCUAAUCCAGCAAUGUUUUCUAGAAACCAGACCCUGCCUGUGGAUCUAAGCAACAAUGGCUACAGAAGCCACGGGAGCAGCAGUUUCCAUGGAACCUCUGCCUUUGAUCCUUGCUGCCCUGGCUCCUCGUCAAGAACUACAGCUUUUGGUCCUCAGAACACUGCUGGGCCCAUCCAACAAGUGACCGUAGACAGCUAUGGAUCAGCCAUGGUCGCCCAGCCCCAACCCCAGCCCCAGCUCCAGCCCCAGCCCCAGCUCUCCUCCUGUAGACAUUAUAUGCACCCCACAUAUGGCCCGCUGGCACGAUCACUUCACCACCAAACUUCUUCCUCCUGCCCUCACUCACAUGGAAAUCCCCCACUCCCACCACAGCCCCCACCACAGACUGAGUAUGUUAUUCCUCACCCUGUGCACCCCUUUCACCCCCAGCUCCCCUCUCACACACCGAGCCACUCUGUGCCACCAGCACCGCCCCCCACCCUUCCCUCCCACCACCUCCCCAGUUCUGCAGCACCUAUACCACAGCACAUACCCCAUGAGCACCAGCCCCUUGCACAUCACAUGGGUCCCUCCGUACAGAGACUUCACCAGCACGAGAUGUUGCAGAGGAUGGAAGUCCAGCGGAGACGCAUGAUGCAGCACCCAACACGAGCACACGAGCGUCCUCCACCACACCCUCAUAGAAUGCACCCUAACUACGGGCAUGGACACCAUAUUCAUGUUCCGCAGACUAUGUCCUCCCACCCACGACAACCGGACCAGAGAGCCUGGGAACUGGGGAUUGAAGCUGGAGUGACUGUAGCUCCUUAUCCACCAGGCCAUUUGCAUCCUCACCUGCCACAUUACCACGCCCCUCCUCGACUUCAUCAUUUCCCUAUUGUUCCAUUUAUGCAUACCGGUAUGUCAGAAGUAACCUACCCACACAUUCGGUAUAUUUCAUCAAGAAUGACUGGAUUUGGCCGAACAUAUGAGGAUCUGCUUCAUUUAGAAGAGAGAUUAGGAAAUGUCAAUCGGGGUGCCUCUCAGGGAACUAUUGAGAGGUGCACUUAUCCACACAAGUACAAAAAGGUUUUAUUUUUUCUGCAGAGAAAGCUGCACGGUAAACAGGACGACGACGAGGGAGCAGAAGAAGACACCGAAGAGAAAUGUACCAUCUGUCUUUCUAUGCUCGAGGAAGGAGAGGAUGUCAGACGCCUUCCCUGUAUGCACCUUUUCCACCAACUGUGUGUCGAUCAGUGGCUCACCACCAAUAAGAAAUGUCCCAUUUGCAGAGUGGAUAUCGAGGCCCAGCUCUCGGCUGAAAGUUGAUGCUAUUUUCAAGAACUUUCAUUUUUGUUUUUCUCAGUACUGCAAUCAACCAAAGAUGGCAUGAAUUACCUGCGCAGAUUCAAAAAUAAAACAACAAAAAAAGCAUUGAACCUAGAGUGCCAGCUAAGUCACAUAGUACCGUUAAUGCUAGAACUACAUUCAGUAUAGAUUUAAAAUUUUAUUGUAUUUAUAAAGCUUUUUUUAUGUAGCUUUUUAAUAGUUUUAUUCUGUGUCAUUUUUAUUUUUGCAUGGUUCUGUGUAAUGCAUUUAUUUGCACAUAUAAUGGGCUUCACGUCCUCAGACUUGCAGGCAAGAAUAACUGCUCUAGAAAGGUAGCAUUUGUUUUUAAGAUUUUUAUUUUAUUUUUUACAAAAUGCCUUGCUUUACUGGAAUAGAAUGUCAACAUCCAUUACUAACCUUACAGGAUUAAUUUAAUUGAUCAUUAUAUAUUAGUUUUAUGUAUAGAGAUUGUGAUCAACUAGUAAAGGAAAUAUAAAUCAAGAGAUUUUUUUCAUUAGGAAGAACAGCUGCUGUAUUAAAUUUGGUAGAUGGCGUCAUUCAGUGUCAGCCUAGUGGGGAAAAGACUGAACCAUCAGUUGUAAACAGUAAUUAGGAAAUGCAUAAAAAGCCAUUUCCCUUUCUUCACACACCUUUAUUUAAAUGUUCACUUUCCAUGCUUAAUUUAACACAAUAUAUGAAUGUCAAAUAAUUAUGUAUUUUGACUGUUCUUUUAACUGAUAGGCACGUAGUUGAGCAGUGGGAUGCAGGCAGAGUUGAUCCUAUCAAAUAGCUGUUAGGACCACUGCUCAGACGUUUCCCAUGCUUGGUUUCAGAAGCUGUGAUUUUUGAUUUUUUUUUCAAUUGGCCGUGGGCAGAUUACAUUUCGACCUGUAAUCUUAUUGCAAACAUAAACAACUUAAUUGCAGCUAUACUUUGCAUGGUUUGUCUGGCAAACACAGCUAAGACAUGUUCACUGCUCCUGCUGGCUUGACUGGUCUGCAUAGAUUGUGUGUAUAUAUUUUUUUCUUUUAGUACUGGUUGUCAUAAAUUUACCUUUUGUCUCUGUAAUGUUGCAACAAACACAUUUGCUGCCGUGAACAACUCUUUAAACACUAAUAUUAAUCUCAACUAGCUAAAUUGCAUAUACUUGCACAUAAAGGUGAAAAAAAGAGACUGUCAAGAGACCUGUGAAAAAGGAAAAAAAAAAAAAGUGCGUCAAGGUAAUGUAUUUCCGCUAGGAUUGCAGAAUUUUUGAAAUUGUAACAUUAUAAAUGGAGUGUUGGAAUGGAGUACUAAUGGCAGGUAUCCAUGCAUUCAUAGACUUUUAAUGGCCCCAGGAUGCAUUUCCAAGGGAUUUAUAUUAGUUUAAAAUAAAAUAAAAAAGAAAUAAAGUUAAGUAACUCUUA